AUGGUCAAUGACGAAGAUGAAAGAGACUUGUUCAGCGACAUGGGAACCUACCAUGCCAUCUGCCUCGCUAGAGCUCGGUCGAAGGACCGGAGCGAUCGGACCAUGGAGUGGAAGCACGUGCCUCGGUGCGUAGGCCUCGUGCGGCUCAGGCACGGCGCAGUGAUCCCCAAGGAGAUGCAAGUCAACGAGAUCGGCAGGGUGCAUGUCGCCCGCCCCCUCACCAAGGACUCCAUCACCGACAGGCCCUCGCAUCAGCUGAAGAUGAGGGCUCCUCCUCAACGGCCCUCUACUGCCCCCCCAGGGGCGAGGCAGACCCCCGUCGACGACCUUGCGAACCUGAUCUGCACGCUAGACCGAAGCUCGUUGCGGUCGCUGAUCGGGGUGCUUCAAACAAGGCUUGAGGGGGAGGGGGAGAGGGAUGGGGAGGGAGACUCUGGACAGAUGACGAAGCGGAGCUCCUUGCUCCAACGCGCGCCUGCUGUUGAUUCCCGGCAAGCGCUGACGGUGAAUGGCAAAGCAAAACCAUGGCAGGUAAGAAUUGCAGCGAACGGCAGCAAGUCGAACAGAUCCUCGUUGCCUUCUCAGCGUUCAGUGCAAGUUGCUGUGGGCCAUCAAGCGGAUAGUUCUCGCAGUCAUUGGAGCAACACGGAGCCUCCAGUGAGCGGCAGCCAUAGGGCGUCGGGUCGAUCAGCAGUGAACGUUGAGAGCAAUCGAAGUCGGGAUCCGAGGAAAGAAACUCUUGUCAGGUUCCUGCAGACGGUCUUCAAACCUCACAGGUAUCCGUCGAAACUCUGA